AUUCAGCGAGCGGCUGCUGUAACGUUACAGUGGGCUGGGCCCCGGAUUUGGGCCCCCCUCUUUUUCUAUCUUUAGUUUUCACAGCUGAGAUUACACAUUUCUGUGGAAAUAUUGAAAUUAAUCAAUCGUCGAUCGCGAAUGUCUGUUAAUUGAGCUCAACAGUUUGUCAUUGAUCAGAUUUAAAGGGCCACCGCAUUCGGGUGUGUUCCUAACUGGGAGUUCCUCUAUUUUACACGUCUCUUUUGGACCCUGUAAUGGAAUGACUGACUGAAAACCAUGAACAAAAUGGAGAACAAAGCUCUUGAGAGCAGCUUUGAAGAAAAACUGACGCUGUCAGACAAAGUCCUCACUUCUCCUCCAGAGACGAGCGGCACGCUUCAGAAAGACACUGAGCUGGACAGUGAGAUCCUGAAAGCUGACGACACCACAGUCACAGACUCCUCCCUCAUCACAGACCCACCCUCAAAAUCAGAGCCAAUCAAAUCUGACCCAAGACCCAGCACACCUGGAUCCAGUCCCAACCAGACGGCAAAAAAAGAUGCCGUGAGUUCAGAACAACGUCAGAAACAGGCCAAGAAGCGGCGAGAGGAACGGGCCAAAUAUCUGGAACAGCGAACCCAGGAGCAAGCGGCAAAGAAAGCGCAGUGGUUGGAGAAGGAGGAGAAGGCCCGGCGGCUGCGUGAGAGUCAGCUGGAGGAGCGCAGGAGGAAGCUGGAGGAGCAACGACUGAAGACAGAGAAACGAAGAGCUCUGCUGGAGGAGAAACAGAGGCAGAAACUGGAGAAGAACAAGGAGCGGUAUGAAUCUGCCAUAAAGAGGUCAACCAAAAAAACGUGGGCUGAGAUCCGUCAGCAGAGGUGGUCAUGGGCCGGUGGAUUGAAUCAGACCUCCCGCAGAGAGAGCAGAUGCUCAGCCUCCACGGUCAACCUGCCGCGGCAGACGGAGCCUGUGAUAAACAACAGGCUGUCCAAGUCCUCGGCCACGCUCUGGAACUCGCCCUGCAGAACCCGCAGUUUGCGCUUGAGCCCGUGGGAGAGUCGAAUCGUGGAGCGACUGAUGACGCCUACCCUUUCCUUUCUGGCUCGCAGCCGCAGCGUCGCCACCCUGCAGAACAGCAGCGACCCCCAUCAGUGUUCCCGCUCUGCGUCUGUAUCCCCUCUGACACCCUGCUCUCAUCAUCAUCAUCCUCACCAGCACAGCGCUGAACGCUGGAGAGUCUCGGCCAGCACUCCAGACAUCACACAGCGACAACACAGACGCAACUCCACACCGUUUGAGAAGAAGAAGAAAGAAAAGAAGGACAAGGAACGAGAGAAUGAGAAGGAGAAGAGCGCUCUGUCUAAAGAAAAAGUGGAGAAGAAGAGACAAUCCCAAUCUGUAACCAGAACGAAAACAGAAGCCAGCCCAAAUGUCAAAGCUAAAAACAGAGCUUCCUCUCCUGCGACGCCCAGGAGUCGCCCUCUCUCGCCGAACCCAGCAGUGUCCCCCAAACCUUCAUCCUCUUCAGGCCGAACUCCACCGGGCACCAAGACCCGGCCUAAACGGGCGCAGACCCCUGCUCGUGUGCAGGCGCCCGCCGUCGCUGCAGUCACAGUGGAAACAAAGGAGCCCCGACAGCCUGAGCCUCCCAAAGACACAAAGACUGCUUCUAUUGUUCCUGACAUUACAGUGUCAUCUGCUCCGGCCACGCCCCUCUCUCCCUCUGCUCCAAUCACAGUGGCUCCUCAGACUCCAGAGGUGGUCAAUGCGGCGAGCACGUCUUCUCGAUCGCUGUCUCCGGAGCCCAAUACUGCCAUCUCUAAGCCCACCGCCGGGACCACUGACCCUGAGGAGGCGGCACGGGUCCUGGCGGAGAAGAGGCGUCAGGCUCGAGAACAGAGAGAGAAGGAGGAGCAGGAGAGGCGAGAGCAGGAGCAGAGGAGCAGAGCUCUGCGUGAGGAACACCUCAGACGUGAGGAGGAGGAGAGGAGGCGCAGAGAUGAAGAGGCCAAACUGAUGGCGGAGCAGCAGCGUCUGCAGGAGGAGAAGGAGGCGCAGGAGAGAGCCAGAGCUGAGCACGAGGAAAACCUGCGGCUGCAGAAACAGCGAGAGGAAGCUGAAUCUAAAGCCAAAGAGGAAGCAGAGAAACAGAGGAUUGAACGAGAGAAACACUUCCAGAAGGAGGAGCAGGAACGCUUGGAGAGAAAGAAGCGUCUGGAAGAAAUCAUGAAGAGGACUCGUAAGAGUGACGCAGGAGCACAGAAAGAUGUUAAAACUUCAACUCAAGUGAAUGGCAGAGUCACUGACAGCGUAAUAAAGAAAAAUCCGUCAGAAGCUCUUCAUACUGGUGCGACAAACCAAUCACCAAUGAGCUCUGUGUCCUGGGACGCAGCACCGGUCAUUAACGGAGCUCCGCCCACUAAGCAUCAGAAUGGACUGUCCUCCAAUGGAGACGCAGCAGACUUUGAGGAGAUAAUCAAGCUGUCCAAUCACAGCGGGAACAGUGGGCAAAGUCAACCGGCUGACCCAAUCAUGGCCUUCGAGGGAGGAGAACCGUUCAUGAUGAAGGCGGGGCCUAUGAAACCUCAACAUGUGGCAGAGGUGCUGUGAGAGAUGAGAUAUCAGAGUCUUCUGGAUAUAAAGAGAAGAAGAGAAGCCUUACUCUACCACCGCUGCCACCCUGACGUGUGCCAAACCAACAAAAACAGACUGCUUUAACUUUAGAAACACAGCCGAGCCGGACGCGCUCUGGAGAAAGUGCCAGAAGACGACCUUAAAGAGACACUUAUAUACAUAUACAACGUUUGCAAAAAGUCUCUGUCUAUUUCACUGUGUGUGUCAUGGUGCAACAUUUGUUGAGUUUCUUUAACAAGUCACCUGCCGAUCAUGUGGUGCACCUUAAAAGAGUCGCUAUAUAUUGAAUUUUAGAAAAGACAACUUGGCUUAUCUUUAUGAUAUGAAUUAUUGUUGUUGUUGUUGCUCUUGUUAUGAUGUAUUGUUAUCGUUCUUUUAAGUAGAGAAAAAAAGCAAACGUGUGUCUUGAACUAUUGCGUUAUUUAACGUGUGGCGCAUCACAAGAGGCCGAUAUUCUGUAUGUUAAUGUAUAUUUGCCUGAUUAUGACAGACCUGUGGAAUAAAUCUUUAUGAAAGGG